UCCCCCCCCCUCUCUUUUCCAAGAAGAGCGGUUGCCGUGUUCCCAGCGGCUGCUCUGACGGCCGCCUCUCCAGCCAUGGUGGUUCGUGUCGCUGUCGUGGCCUCCGACUCCCCGCUCGCCUCCCGCUAGCGGCCUCCUGUCAGCAAUGGAGGAUUUCUCCCCCCUUUCGUUAACUGAUAUCUGCUUAGAUUUCUUGAGGGUGAAUUUGGAUAAGUUUUGUUGGGAAAGGACAGAUGGCUCGUUCUGUCUCAAGGAAGCCGCGGUGUUUCCGCAAGAACUGGCUGACCGUUUGCUGCAGAAAAUGUCCCUGAAUGGUGUCCUCAACGAAAAGACGGUGGGAAUAUUUCGCAGGAAUGAUCUUUUGCGCUUGAAACGUGCCUGCAUUCGAAAUGCUAAACUUUCGGCAGUGGCGUUCAGGAAGGCAUUUUGUCACCACAAACUCGUUGACCUGGACGCAUCCGGCGUGAAUGCGGAUAUCACAAUAACGGACAUCGUCAAUGCACUGGUCACAAAUAAGUGGAACCAACAGUAUCUGCAGUGUCUUGUCUUGAAUUCCUUAACGCUCUCGCUGGAAGAUCCCUAUGAGCGUUGCUUCAGCCAGCUGACUGGCCUGCGGGUCCUCAGUGUCACCAACGUUCUCUUUUAUAAUGACGAUCUGAGAGACGUCGCUUCACUCCCAAAGCUAGAAAGUUUAGAUAUUUCAAACACUUCCGUCACGGACAUCACGCCACUUCUGGCCUGCAAGGACAAGCUGAAGUCCUUGACCAUGCACCAUCUCAAAUGUCUGAAGAUGAUGACCACACAGAUUUUAGAAGUCAUUAAGGAGCUGGUGCUUCUGCAACACUUGGACAUUUCGGAUGACAAACAGUUUACCUCCGAUAUUGCGCUUCGUUUACUGGAACAAUCUGGCAUAUUACCGAGCCUCCGCUCUUUGGAUAUUUCAGGCAGGAAGCACAUUACAGAUAAAGCUGUUCAGGCGUUUGUCCAGCGGCGACCCUCGAUGCAGUUUGUGGGUUUACUCGCUACGGACGCGGGAUAUUCUGAAUUCCUUUCUGGCCAAGGGAACUUGAAGGUAUCCGGAGAAGCGAAUGAGGUGCAGAUCUCUGAAUCUCUGCGGAGGUACAGUGAAAGGGCCUUCUUUGUCCGAGAAGCCUUAUUCCACCUCUUCAGCCUUACCCACAGCAUGGAGAAUCCACAGCCCGAGCUGCUGAAGCUUGUUGUGAUCGGAAUGAAAAACCACCCGACAAACCUACCUGUCCAGUUGGCAGCGAGUGCCUGUGUGUUUAACCUGACCAAGCAGGACCUAGCCACUGGCAUGCCAGUGCGCCUUCUGACUGAAGUGGCUCGCCUCCUGCUCAAAGCCAUGGAACACUUUCCCAAUCAUCAGCAGCUUCAGAAGAAUUGUCUGCUGUCUCUCUGUAGUGAUCGUAUCCUUCAAGAUGUUCCCUUCAAUCGUUUUGAGGCAGCCAAACUGGUAAUGCAGUGGCUUUGUAACCAUGAAGAUCAGAACAUGCAAAGGAUGGCAGUGGCGAUUAUUUCUAUUCUGGCUGCAAAGCUUUCAACCGAACAGACCGCCCAACUUGGUACAGAGCUUUUCAUUGUCAAGAAGUUGCUGCACAUAGUGGAGCAGAAAACGAACCUAUGCUUGGUGGAUACCACUUUAAAAUUUACGCUCAGUGCACUUUGGAACCUGACCGAUGAAUCUCCGACCACCUGCAAGCACUUUAUAGAGAACCAGGGCUUGGAGCUGUUCAUGAAAGUUCUAGAGUCCUUCCCAGGUGAACCAUCCAUUCAACAGAAGGUCUUGGGUUUGCUGAACAACAUAGCAGAGGUGAAAGAACUGCAUCCACAACUGAUGAAAAGGAACUUUAUUGAUCACAUCGGUUUCCUACUGCACAACAAGGAAGUCGAGGUCAGUUACUUUGCUGCAGGAAUAAUCGCUCACUUGAUAUCCCGUGGGCUGCAUACCUGGACACUGGACCUAGAUCUCCGAACUUCACUUCUGGAGCAGUUGAAUUCCGUCAUCCUAAAUUGGCCAACACCAGAAUGUGAGAUGGUUGCCUACAGGUCUUUCAGUCCGUUUUUCCCAUUGCUGGCGUGUUCAGAUACACCCGGAGUGCAAAUCUGGGCUGUGUGGGCAAUGCAGCACGUCUGCUGUAAGAACGCUCCCAGGUACUGUAGCAUGUUGCUGGAAGAAGGUGGGAUGCAGCAAUUGUGCAACAUUAAGUGCCACCCUCAAACCUCGGCAGACGUCCUGCGGAUUGUCAUCAACAUCAUGGAAAGUUUGGAGAAGUAUAUCAUGCGCCACGGGAAGGAAUCCACCUCCUGUCACAAAAAGCUGCAAACAAAGCACAGCGUGGUCUAGAUCUCACCAGCUUGGGGGGCAGAAUAUGCAAGUAAGCUUUUUUUUAAAAAAAAUGGUUCAGCUCUUGUGAAAUUCACCUCCUUUCCCUUUCUGUGUUCCUUUGGAAUUUCAGAAUGCAUGCAAUCAUGCAACAAAAAACUGGGAAGGGUAAGAGGGUGAGAAAUCCAGGCAUUGCGUCACCUCUGGACUCAGUGCUCUGUGUAUAUAGUGGUCGGCAAAGCACAAUUUAAAUGUUGGUUUGAGUAACUCGACCACAGUGGGCUGAACGGACUCCUCCUGUGCUCUGAACUUUUCUGUGCUUCCUCAACCAGGCCCAAGGUGGUUCGUGAAGGGGGAAAACGUCCAAUGUGUUCACCUUUCGUUUCUGAAGAUUAGGGACAGCGUUGCCACGGGAUUUAACAGUGCGUCGGUUAAACAUUUCUACAAACUAAUCUAGAUGCAGUAAUAAUAUACCACAAUGCGUACAUAGUGUUGGUGUGGUUUGUAGUGUUUUUGCAAAUGUCGUUCUGUUGAUCUGUUCUACCGGAAGCAGCCUUUGCUUAAAUAAAUGCUGCUGAUGAAACGUUUACUCGACCUGUAUCAUUUAUGUGAUUAUUAUAUAAAAACAAUCAUUGUGUAACAGAGUUGGAUUGUGAUUAGCUUAGAAACUUGCUUUCUUAUUUUGUACAAAAUAUUGAAUGUUGUUGCCUUUGGGGGAGUGGACAGAGAUAUUUGCAUGUCAAAUUGCCAAACUACCUUUAUAUUAAAAUUCCUUUUGUGUUACAUAUAUUGCUUGUACAGGGGAGAGUUUUGUAAUUGAGUUCUGGUUUAAAGAUGUUUUUCUGUCUAGGAGUCUUACUGGCUUUGGUAUAUUAUAAAAUCAUCCUGUUGAAGAA